CUUCCCUUCCUUCCUUCCCUCUUCCCUGCGCCGGGCUCCGCUCUCCCGGGCGGCGGGCAGGAGGUGCCGCGGCCAUGUCGCUGCUGUGCUACAACCGGGGCUGCGGGCAGCGCUUCGACCCCGAGAACAACACGGAGGGUUCAUGCACAUACCAUCCAGGUGUGCCUGUUUUUCAUGAUGCUCUGAAAGGCUGGUCAUGUUGUAAGAGGAGAACAACAGACUUUUCUGACUUCUUAAGCAUUGCGGGCUGCACAAAGGGUCUCCAUAACAGCGAGAAACCUCCUGAACCUGUUAAACCAGAAGUCAAAACUACCUCUGAACGAAAGGAGCUAGCUGAACUGAAACCCAAAUUUCAAGAACACAUAAUUCAGGCACCAAAACCAUUGGAAACAAUUAAGAGGCCAAGCCCAGAUGAGCCAAUGACAAAUCUGCAGCUGAAAGUGUCAGCUUCCUUGAAGCAAGCUCUCGAUAAACUGAAAUUGUCAUCAGAAAACGAAGGGAGAAAAGAUGAAGAUAGUGAUGAAAUCAAGAUUGGGACAACAUGUAAAAAUGCAGGCUGUUCAAAAACAUACGAAGGACCACACAGCGCAGAAGAAGUAUGUAUAUACCAUUCUGGUGUACCUAUAUUCCAUGAAGGGAUGAAGUAUUGGAGCUGUUGUAAAAGAAAAACUUCUGACUUCAAUACGUUCUUAGCUCAAGAAGGCUGCACAAGAGGAACACACGUAUGGACUAAAAAGGAUGCAGGUACAAAAGUAGUUCCAUGCAGACAUGAUUGGCACCAGACUGGAGGAGAAGUGACUAUUUCUGUAUAUGCUAAAAACUCUGUCCCUGAUCUGAGCUACGUAGAAGCUAAUAGCACAAUGGUAAAUAUCCAUAUUGUAUUUGAAGGAGAAAAGGAGUUUCAUCGCAGCGUGAAGUUAUGGGGAGUGAUCGAUGUAAAGAGGAGUUACGUGAACAUGACUGCUACAAAGAUUGAGCUCACUAUGAGAAAAGCAGAGCCCCUGCUGUGGGCAAGUCUGGAGUUGCCAGUAUCCAACACACAACCAAAACAGGAGAGUUCAGAUAAAUAACAAUUUCAAGAGACAACUGAUUUCCCAUGAUGAAGUGGUG